AUGUCGGCGCAACCCAACAGUCGUGCCCAAGCAUCGGGCAGCUUGCCUGAUACUCAGACCCAAGCUGGGCCCUCCAACCAGAAGAAUGCCCAACGGAUCCAAGAGACGCCUGAGGUUGAACAACGUUUCGAGGAGAUCGAUGAUGAGUUCGAAGACGUCGUCACGGGCCAGAAUAACCCGGACGAGCCCAAGUCGCCAUCUUCCGCGACAGCAAACCUACUCAGCCGCCUCGAGCGGCUGUUUACCCAACAGAACCGCAACCUGCGGCUGGACAGCAGACAGUGCAGCAGCAGCUGGCUGAACAAGAAGCUUGUGUACAGAGUCCGCAACAAGCAAUCCGGAUUGGUUCGCUUGCUUGACUUGCUUAAGUUACUCAAUUCAAUCAAGUCAAUCUCGUCUCAUCCAUUUUUGGUGUCAAUUCAAUCGAAGGGAUAA